AUCUCCGCCUUUCGUCGGUGACUUUAUAUAUCAAAUCACCUUGGACUCCCACAUUCGACUGACCAUGGAAAGGAAAGCAAACGGCUCCAGCUGCUCAGGAUGUGGGCCUGGCUACAAGACCCCCCUGGACGCCAUGAAGGGGCCACGGGAAAAGAUUGUUUAUUUGCCAUGCAUAUACCGCAAUACGGACAUACAGAAGCCGGACUACCUAGCAACUGUGGAUGUUGACCCGAAGUCACCAAACUUCUGCAAAGUGGUCCACAGGCUGUUCAUGCCCAACCUGAAGGACGAGCUCCAUCACUCCGGCUGGAACUCCUGCAGCAGUUGCUAUGACGACCCGUCCAAGACUCGCAACCGCCUCAUCCUGCCGUCGCUCAUCUCCUCCCGCGUGUACGUGGUGGACGUGGGCACCGACCCGCUCGCGCCGCGCAUACACAAGAUUGUGGAGCCAACGGAUCUCUUCUGGAAGUGUAAUUUGGCCAAUCCACACACCUCCCACUGCCUGGGCAGCGGGCAAAUCAUGAUCAGUGCUAUGGGAGACCCCUCAGGGAACGGCAAAGGUGGUUUUGUUCUGCUGGACGGAGAGACGUUUGACGUGGUGGGCAACUGGGAACUGCCCGGUGACGAGGCGCCCAUGGGCUACGACUUCUGGUACCAGCCGCGCCACAACGUCAUGAUGAGCACCGAGUGGGGCGCCCCAAAAGCCCUCGCUGGCGGCUUCGACAUUGCCCAUGUGAAAGCUGGCCUGUAUGGGAAGCGUGUACACGUGUGGGACUGGACGACUCAUAAGCGUAUCCAGACCCUUGACCUGGGUGAGGAGGGCGCCAUUCCCCUGGAGAUACGCUUCCUCCACGACCCUGCAGAGGCCCAGGGAUAUGUGGGAUGCGCUCUGGGAGGGACCGUGUACCACUUCUACAAAACUACAAAAGGGGACUGGGCAGCUGAUCAAGUCAUCAAGGUUCCAAGCAAAAAAGUGGAAGGAUGGGCACUGCCAGAAAUGCCAAGUCUCAUCACAGACAUCCUCAUCUCAUUAGAUGACCGAUACCUUUACUUCAGUAACUGGCUGCACGGCGACAUCCGUCAAUAUGACCUCAGUGACCGAAAGAACCCACGACUUGCUGGCCAGAUCUUUCUGGGUGGCAGCAUUAUAAAUGAUGGGAAUGUGAAAGUGCUGGAGGACAAAGAAAUGACAUCUCAACCACCUCCACGCAUUAUCAAGGGCAAGAGAAUCCAAGGAAGUCCACAGAUGCUUCAACUGAGUCUGGAUGGGAAGAGGCUGUAUGUCACCACCUCUCUAUACAGUGCCUGGGAUAAGCAGUUCUAUCCUGAAAUUAUCAAGGCGGGCUCGGUGAUGAUGCAGAUCGACGUGGACACGGUAAACGGCGGCCUGAAGCUCAACGAGGACUUCCUGGUGGACUUUGGAGCAGAGCCGGACGGGCCAGCUUUGGCCCACGAGCUGCGAUACCCUGGAGGAGACUGCACCUCCGACAUCUGGUUGUAGAGCAGAGAUAAAGUAGAAGUAGUGUCAUGCAUGUAAUAACUAGCCUGACAAGCCAGACUGAACGGGAGAUUUGUGGGAAUAUUUAGUCUGGGCCCGAUCAAUGACAUAUCGAAAGAUUGUUGAGGGGAACAACGCGUUGUUUUUCAAACUGUGUCUGUGCCUAUUGGCCAACGCUUUGUCGUCACUCCCUCAAAACCCUGUCCGCGUUGCAUCCAAAGAUUCAAAGCAAAUCAAAUGAAGUCUGCUGCAUUGUGAUUGGCCAGCCAGUUUCAGGGCCUGGGACAUUGUCCAAGGCUAGACCCACCCGCAGGCAAAAAUAAUUUUGGCUGCUGGCGGGUGGGGGCUAGUUUACUUGGCAAUUUAAUAACAACAACAUGAGUAGUUUGAUAUUACAUAGUUGAUAAUAAAGAAUAUCAUACUACUACUAGUGUUGCAAUUACAUCCAUCACACUACUUUAACUUCACACAUCUCUGGCAGAGAGAGACAGCCAUUACAACUUGCCUCUAUGGUCGUUGUCAGCAAGUGAAGAGCUCUAUCCCAAAACACUACAUAUCCAUUUUUCAAAAUAUAUUAAACAAAAAAAAUAAUUGUUUUAUUGUAUGUUGGCAAGUCAGACUAUAACAUGGAAUGUGUCUUGCCAGGCAUUUUUUUUCUACCACUUAGCGAAUGCGUCUAGUUCACGCGGUCUCUUUUAUUGUGCUUCUCAGUCCAUUUCAGUGUAAUUACAGUUUUUUUGUUUUAAUGUGGUUAAGAAAAACCAGAUAACACUAACCAAAUACCAACUGGCCCGAUGUUACCUUAAAUGAAACUGUGAAAAGAACAAGAUAUUCUGCAAAAGAUUGAUGAAAUUGGAUGGCAGAAAAUUGCAUUGUGGGAAAAAAAGCUCUUCAAAUACAAAAUGAUCUUCAGUGAAAGUACCUAUAAGUCAGGGAAACAUGGAAGUGUAUUAGCUGUUUUUGGAAAUGCUUUACUGUUUUUUGUACAGAACUACCAGCAUAUUAAAAACAAAAUCUCAUUUAGAAGCUCGUAGCUUUUCAAGGUUGUUAGCCCGGCCUUACUCCGCUGUAAGCUGCUGCUUAGUUAUCAUUUCCGUAUGGCAAGACCAGGCUUUUGCUGUCAUUAUUUUUUUGCGUCACAUGCCCAGGAAUGAAAACAUGCCACUAUCAUUAACAAAUAUAUUCUUGAUUAAUUGUGACCUGUUAAUAAAUGUAAUACUAAGUGCCUAAUAAAGCAAAUGUUGCUUACUGUAAAUGGA